AUUGACUUGUGCGUUCCAUGUAAGAUCGGCUCCUUAUACCGUCAGCCGCAAUGUGCACAUUAGAGAAUCGAGGCAAUAUCUUCAUUUUGACGUUGACUGGCCACGGCGAGCAUCGCCUUAGCCCUGACCUCAUUGAUUCCGUCCUCUCUGCUCUCCGGGAAGUCAAGUCGAAAGCUACUCGGGGCUCAGUCCUUGUCACCACAUCCCAAGGCAAGUUCUUCUCCAAUGGCUUCGAUCUCGCUUGGGCUAAAGCCACUGGCUCCAGUACUAAAGCCGUGGAACGCCUACGCCACAUGACGGUCUCCUUCAAGCCGGUAGUUGCCGAGAUGAUAUCCCUCCCUAUGCCCACGGUGGCAGCCAUCCAGGGCCACGCCGCUGCAGCUGGAUUUUUGUUGGCUUUGUGCCAUGACUACAUCCUCAUGAGAAGUGAUAAAGGCGUGUUGUAUAUGAGCGAGGUUGACUUAGGGCUUCCGUUGGCAGAUUAUUUCGCGGCUCUGUUCCGAGCUAAACUCCACUCGGUUACCGCUCGACGGGAUGUCCUCCUGAGAGGUGGCAAGGUGAAAGGAAUGGAAGCAGUGAGGAUGGGUAUCGUAGAUGCGGCCUGCAAUAGUGAAGGAAGCUUGGCUGAGGCUGCGAUGCACCUGGGGGAGGAUUUGGCAUCAAGGAAAUGGAAUGGCGACGCCUACAAGGAAAUAAGAAUGAGCUUAUUCCCGGAUCUAUGUGGCGUGCUGGGAUUGGGUGAAGGGAACAUUGCAGCUAAACUUUAAAUAUUAAGCCGGAGCCAAAAUACAUUAUACAAUUUGGAACAUUGUUUGCCCAUGCUGUAGAGAUCACCGACAAAUAAAACUACAGUUAAUCACAGAAUCCUUUCUUCCUUCCUCUUUCAAGAAUGUAAUCAAUAGUUAAAUCUUCAUGGCCUACGAUCCUGUACACGUCUGACAGGUUCCUGCGUCAAGUCUUCACGCUGAGGAUUACGGUCAGAGUAGAAUUGCAAGCAAUUAUCCAAAUCAUCUCGCAGGUUAACAGUGAUACACUUUCAUUUGCCAUAAAUCUCCAGACUGAACCCAAAUAUUAGUUAAAAUUCACACCCAAGAUCCAUAGCUGUGGAACAAAGAUAAGAAAGUAAAAAAGGCUACAAUCUGAUAGUAUCUUUUGCAAUUACGAUCAAGUUAACCCAGAAAUUUGGUCUUCUACAAACAAGAAUGUGAACAGAAGUUGCCAUUUAGCAGCUGCACAAAUAAAAAGCCAAAGUUGCUUUGUCGCCUCAAGCGUAAUAUGCAAGUCUCUUGCACAUGUUUGCGCAUGCCACUAUUGAAGGAGUAACACAUUUUGAGCAUUCUAAUCACC